AUGCGCUGUUGUGGUGUCUGCCUUUAUGUUCCCGUCGCUUUCUGUCUGUUGGCGACGGCAGCUCACAAUGAAGAAGAAAAGCUCUUCCGGACGCUCCUCAAUUCAUCCACCUACGACAGUGAAGUACGACCACCAUCCAGAUCAAAGAUCAUGGUCCGAGUCAACGUUUUUGUUCGGGACGUCUUCUACCUGGAUGAAAUCAAGAGAGAGCUUGGCCUGCAGGUGACACUCCGACUGCGGUGGAAAGACCAGCGGCUCGUCUUCAAUGCAUCUUCGAAUUUAAACCAUCUUAUCUUGAGCCCGUCGCGAUCGCAGAACUCGCCCUGGGUUCCCAGAGUUUUCAUAAUGAACGAGAAGGAAGCUCCGAUUCACCACACGCCCCCGGAUAAUGCUGUGAUGAGAAUAUAUCCGAACGGACAGGUUCAUCACAGCACUCGGCUUUCGCUCAGACUCACGUGUCCUGCGAAUCCGAAGUAUUUUCCGUUUGGUUCGGCUCAAUGUCCGCUGAAAAUAUCGUCGAAUUCCCUAGAAAUAGCCGAAAUGCUCUUGAGCUGGGACGAUGGCAGCCCGGUAUUUCAUAAAGGAAUCGAGCUUGACGGUUAUUUGCUGAACAAUUCUUCCGUGAAGGCAGAACAGUGUGUGGCCACCACAAAAUGGGGAAAAUAUUCCUGUGUGACUUCAAUAUUCCAUUUUACGAGGAUGCCUCGCCGCUGGUUCCUAACUUUCUACCUACCCUGCCUCGGGCUAAUGUCUUGCGCUGUUUUGGCGGCCAUUCUCCGGAAGAAAAAUGAGAAUGUGGUCAACGCGUUCUGCUUUGUUGCCUGCGUCGGGAUAAGUUUGCAGGUUUGUAAUGUUCCGUCCUCGAGUCGUCCGAGGGCUAUCGAUUUCUGGAUUCUCAUCGUUUACGGCUUCUUCCUGCUCCACACUCUAGUCUAUAGCUACCCGAGGACGCGCAAAGGGAAUGCGUCGAACUCUCGCUUCGGCGGCGAGACAUUCAUACGAUCGCUCAUGGGGGUCCGCGAGGUCCUCGUCGUCUACUCGGGUCACAUUCCCGACUAG